ACAACAGAGGAAGAGAGAGAAAGGACAUUAGCAGCGACAGAAAGACAUGCAGAGAGAUGGAUAGAGAUACAUAGAGAUAUACAUAGACAUAGCUAUCUAUAGAGAUAUAUAGAUCUACAGACAUGCUAUCUAUAUAGCAUGUCAGCAGCUAGAUAUAUAGCUAGCUAGAUAGAGAUAUAUUUACUGCUAGAUAGAAAGAUAGAGAAAGAGAGAGAAAGAGAGAGAGAGAGAGAGAGAGAGAGAGAGAGAGAGAGAGAAAGAGAGAGAGACAGACAGACAGACAGACAGACAGACAGACAGACAGACAGACAGACAGACAGACAGAUAGACAGAUAGACAGAUAGAUAGAUAGAUAGAUAGAUAGAUAGAUAGAUAGAUAGAUAGAUAGAUAGAGAUAGAAAGGUAGACAGACAGACGGACAGAUAGAUAGAUAGAUGUGAGCGUUUGUGUGAGGGAAGACAGAUGAUUGGACGAAGUACACCAGGUGGCGAUGCACUGGUUGGGAAGGACUACAUGUUGGCCAUCAUUAUGGUCAACUGUAAUGAAAAUAUCUGGUCAGACCAGAGCAGGUCAGAUCCCGAUCUGCCCUCAGACUGGAGGAUGAUCACAGACUCCUCUGGUACUUACUACUGGCAUGUUGCUUCUGGCGCCACCCAGUGGCAUCACCCCUGCGAAUCCAGCAGGAAAGCAAACGGAACAAACCAGUUGACCCCUCCCACCGAACAAGACAUAGAGGAAAGGUCUGUGGACGACUCUGCCACAUCAGACACCAAGGUGUUCUCUGUGCGGUCCAUGGGGUGGGUGGAGGUGCCGGAGGAGGGCUUGUUUCCAGGGCGGAGCAGCCUGACUGUUAACAACAUCAUCCAGCAGCUGUCUCACCACAGGAGCUCAGAGCAGACACACUGCCAAGGGCCCUGGGGAGAGGGCCAGGACAUGCUCUUGGUUUUGAAGAAAGAUACUUUAAGUCUGAUGGAUCCUUUAGACCACACCCUCCUCCACUCCCAGCCAAUCAGUAACAUCCGUGUGUGGGGUGUCGGCUGCAGCAAUGGAAGAGACAGGGACUUUGCGUUCGUCACCGGGGAGAAGGACAGCUGCGUGCUCAAGGGUCACGUGUUCCGCUGCAACGCCCCGGCCAGAGCCAUCGCCACCGUGCUGCAGGACAUGUGUGGCAAGAUUUUGUCUGAUAAAUUGGUCAAACCACCCGACUCUCUGACACUAGAGGACAUCUCCUCUCCAGACCUGCCCUGGCAAGUGGAUCUGCUGGACGCAGUAAGACAGCACGCUCCACACUUUGAUGUCCAGUACAUCGGGAACCUUCCAGUGUCCCGGGCUAUGGGUAUGGAGGUCCUGAACAGCGCCAUCGAGAGCAUAAUGAACACGACGGAGAGAGAGGCCUGGGAGCCCGUCACCCUCCACGUCUCUGACUCCCUGCUGUCCCUCAGGCGGGUGCAGGAAGCGGAGUCCUUAUGGGAGUGUCAGGUGAGUCACCUGACCUUCCUUGGCGUCGGCCACGACAGCCACACCUUCGCGGUGAUCGCCGACGGGGGGGCGCCGGGCUUCCAGUGCCACGUGUUCUGGUGCGAGCCGCACGCCGGACACGUCUCCGAGGCGCUGCAGGCCGCCUGCAUGCUCCAGUACCAGCGGUGUCUCGUGGCGCAGACCCCUCCGGUGAGGUCCAAGCACCGGCACGCUGGGACCGGUCGGGUCCAGAGAGCCAACUCCAUGGACAGCUCCGCCUUCCUCCCGUCGCCCUCCUACUACCACGGCGGCAAUGGGGGCAAGGGCGGCAGCAGCAACUGCAGCAACACCAGCGCAAAGAAGGGAAUGCUAGCUUUCUUUGAGACAUUUCGCAAUAAGCAGGCAACAACCCACUGGUGAUUUGACUUGUUGUGGUUAGUGGCAAUACAAAACCAAUCUAUUGUAUCAGAUGAACUGCAGCUAUUAUUUUUACAAUCAAUUAAAAUAAAACUGACCGCAACAAAUCCUAA